CACAGAAGGAUGUACCAAUGAGCUGAGCGAAGGGGCGGGCUCGGCGCGGGGCGCUGGCUGAGACGCCGGUGCCGCUGGAGAGAGGCGGCAGCAGGUCCCGACGCGGGGCGGCCAGCGAUGAAGCCGCCUAGUUCGUUGCAAACAAAUGAGUUUGACUCAUCAGACGAAGAGCCUAUUGAAGAUGAACAGACUCCAAUUCAGAUAUCAUGGCUACCCCUGUCACGAGUGAAUUGUUCUCAGUUUCUUGGUUUAUGUGCUCUUCCAGGUUGUAAAUUUAAAAAUGUUAGAAGAAAUAUCCAAAAAGAUACAGAAGAACUAAAGAGCUAUGGUAUACAAGACAUAUUUGUUUUCUGCACCAGAGGGGAACUGUCAAAAUACAGAGUCCCAAACCUUUUGGACCUCUACCAUCAGUAUGCAAUCAUCACUCAUCAUCAUCCAAUCCCAGACGGAGGGACUCCUGACAUAGCCAGCUGCUGCGAAAUAAUGGAGGAGCUUGCAAUCUGCCUUAAAAAUAACCGAAAAACCUUAAUACACUGUUAUGGAGGACUCGGGAGAUCUUGUCUUGUAGCCGCCUGUCUCCUCCUAUACCUGUCUGACACAGUUUCACCACAGCAAGCCAUCGACAGCCUGAGAGACCUGCGAGGGUCUGGAGCCAUACAGACGAUCAAGCAAUAUAAUUAUCUUCAUGAGUUUCGGGACAAACUAGCUGCACAUCUAUCAUCAAGAGAUUCAUUAUCAAGAUCUGUAUCUAGAUAAAAAAGAAUUUCAAAUGACAUAUAUAUGACCAUGUCUGAAAUUUAAGAGCUAUUAACAUAAUUUGUAUUGAAAUGAAACUUACUAGUGUUACCAACCUGAAUGUAAAUGUGUAUGUGCAGAAUAUUCCUAAAGCUUUUAUUGACAAAUCUGUUGUGUCUCUCAUCUCUUACAGAAGAUCAAAAAAUUGCCAUACAAUUUUCCUUUUUUAGAAAGGCACUGACUUCUCUGGAAUAUUUUACCUGGAAGUAAUGCUGAAACAAACAUAUGGAAAAAUAUUUGCCUAUUUUUAUUAUUUACCAUACGUUUACCUCAUUUUACUAUUUGUAACUACCAGGUAGAAUAUGACAUACUAAUAAGUAUAAAAAUUGGUUUGAGUACCCAAGCUAAAAUCAAGUAACUUUCAUCCUCUAUUCCUCCCACAUUUUCUCCCAUGGUUCUUUCUACUUCAUAGACAUACAGAAGUGUGAGAGAUCCUACGAUUCGUCUGGUCACCUCCCACCCAAUACUGGGUCAUCCCCAACAGGUGUUUGGCCAGCAUUUGCUGGAACAUUUUCAGAUAAGAGGAAUUCCCUGGGUCAGACAACUGCUCUGUUUUUAGAGCAUUCGUUUUUUUUACCCUAGGGACUACAUGGAAUGAAUUUAAUCCCUCUUUCACAUUUAUGUGAGAAAGCACUUAUCCACAGAUUAAGUCUCCAAUUCUCUCGCUCCUUCACCUCACCCUUUGCUACUGAAUAUGUCUAUCUGUCUUUAACUGUGAUGUUGAGCAGUUGGCACUGUGGACAAGGAUGUUUCACAGGCAUCGGUGGCCUCAGUGCUAUAUACAGUAAGUAGUCCCUUGGCUGCUGGCAAUCACAAAUGUGAACCAUGGGUCAUACGUACUACCACACAAGACAAAGUAAAUUUCACCGCAUCAAAACUUCGUUUUGUAAUUGCCAAAAGUUCACUUUUGUUUCACACUCUUCUUGCUGCUGAUGAGCUACUUUAAUUUCACUGGGGAAUACUUUAAAACAAUUACUAGUGCUGUUUGGGAUCUUCAGACCAGAGAUCAAGUACGUUCCAUAAGAUACAAUCAGUAUUUUAACACUUUUAUAUACAUAUUACUUCAGGAAUUUAAGAUUUUAUAAGACUACUAAGGAAGAUGGGAUAACCACAAAUCCCACCAGUAUCUGAAUACUUAAACUAGGAGUUUCUUAUGUAAGAUAAUAAAUGCCAAAAGUUACAGCCAGAAAAAAAAGUUUUUUUAGUAAGUAAGGGCUGCAAUAACAGACUGACCUUCCUCAUGGUUUCAGUAUUACAACCAAAUACAAUUUAAAAAUCACAGUACUCUAUUAAACUUUAAGAAAUCACUGAAAUUGACAUCACCAAAUCUUACAUUGCUUUUUCUUAAUACGAAUAUAGAGCUUAUUCAUGAACACUUAAAAAAGUAGAGGGAAAAUAUUGGCAUGGAUUAACCAAAUCCUUUAAUAAUCAACUGAACUUUCAAAGUCCAUGCUUCUCUCAUUUUUACUGCAAAUGCUAGUUAAGCCUUCCAUGUUUAAAAUGCUUAACUACUUUAAUACUAAGUAUCAAGGGAAAACAAUUAUUCUGUUAACAGAGAAACAUGGAAUGGCACUACUCAAAAAAAAAAAAAAAGUAAUUUCA